CUUUGUUUGCUCCCAACCACAUGGAGUCGCUCAAUCGCGUUUUAUCGAUGCUGCUAUACCAAAGUUGUCCUCCGGGUUGCUCUCAUGACAAUGGCUCAGAAGACGUGGUUUUUCCCGCCUGAUUUUACCUUUCGUCCGACCGGGGAGCUCGCUCUGGGAACGGUGAUCAAGCAUCCCAGCCACCCCACCCUCGCCCUAGCUUCCCUCCGUUCCAGCGAGCAGCCCAAAAUCGACCUGCCUGAAAUCGAUAUCCUCCAAGAGCGCAGCCAUGUCCAUUCCCAAACCUCUAACCGAUCUGCAAACAUCAGUUUUCUUGCCAAGUUUGUCGAUUUGGCUUCCGCGACGACGAGCGUUGGCCUUUCACGCAACAAAGAAUGGCUACUCGGGAGUGUGGACCUCGAAAUACAAACGUUUGGCAAAGCAAUCAGCAGAGAUGCUUUGAAGGCGAUAACCAGGCUGGAGCCCGUCAAAAAACACAUUAACAGCGGCAUUUUUGGCAAGAAGCCCGUCUACAUUAUUACAGGGUUACGGGUGGCGAAAAGCUCGUUCCAAGUGACGGAUCAAACAAAAUCGUCGGCGACCAUAUCGCUGGGAGCAUCUGGGCCAGCCCCGGCUUGGGUCCUUCCUUUGGAAAUCGGGGGCGGAAUUUCUGGCGCGUGCGAGCAAAGUAGAAAGGAUUCAUAUGAAACGGGGCCAUUGGCUGGAGGAGUGACACCUUUGUCUAAGAGCCUCAUAAACGAUGUCUUGAUCGGCAGUCGACAGGAUGCUAUAGGUGUUGCUUCCGUGAUGAAGCGCCUUUGACAAGGUAAUAUAUAUGUCGGAGUAAGGCCCGC